UUUAGGAACGACAAAGUUGGAGUUUGUGCGAAGAGCCAGGCACCCUCGACCGUUUCGAUAAAUAAUAACUCUGUGCGGUAUCGCCGAGACACAAUUUGUAAAUACUCGUACUCGGGUUAAAUUCGAUGCGUAAAGCAGUAUAAGACGAUAAACGAGAAAAAUCGUUGUUUUUCAUGUUCCCGCCACGUUAGGUAAUUGCUGCGAAACCGCGGGAGAAGUUGCGAGCGUGUGUUCGACAAUUGUGUAGUGGUGCGGGAACGGGAAUUGAGUUUUCAACGCGAGUUUAUACAUGCAUAACGGAGAGUUUUCAUGUUCAAUUAGAAUUUUGUAUUGAAAAUAGUGAAGGAAUCGGAUGAGUUUGUGAACGAACGAAUGUUCAGAAUUGUCGGUAUAUCGGCGAAAGAGAGAGAGUCGGGACUUUGAAUAUGUGUGAGUCUGUGUGCGAAUGCGCCAAUGCAUAAUCUAGUAACUGUAUCGUGGUUUCAAGGAGUAUUUCAUAUAUAUCAUUUGUUGACGCUGUCAUAAUUAGUGUAACUUAAGAGUUAUAAACCCGGCUCAAUAAGCAAUUGCAAAUAGUCUGGUUAAGAUUUAUAAGAAACCGGAAAAAAGGAGUAGAAAAAACUAAAUAGGGGGUGAAAAAAAAGAGUGGACGAUCGUGGGUUAGAGCGCGGCUCUUCCGAGUGUGAGGUUAAAAAGAGACUCGUUGCCUCAGGCUUUACGAGAGGGUUUUAUGUGCGGCAAGCUUCAGGCUCACUACCGAAGAUAGGCUACCAACCGUGAUAGGAGGACCAAGUGAGAACAAUAUACACACGGAGGACUUGUACAAGGGCUGUACAGAGCGAAACUCGGUCGUUGUCAUUUGAAAACGGAAGCCAUCUUGUUGGGGCCGAGCAAGAGAGAGAGAGAGAGAGAUAGAGAGCGAGAGAGAAAGAGAGAGAAAAAGCGAGCGAGUGAGACAAAGCGAGAGAGAGAGAGAGAGACCUAUAUCCUAUUGAAACAGAGGGGAGAGGAGAAAUUAAUACAUUCGGCGUUCGAACCUAUCGAUACACGAUAUUAUACACAGAACCGAAAUAAUUUCAUCGUAUCUUUUACAAUUUACGUACGGACUAUGCCUAAAUCAUUGUACCAUAUGUUUACAUAGCCAUGGCUGCGACGAGAAAGUUGCAAGCAUAACCUUCAAAUUAUUAAGGUCCAAAGAUGCUGCCAUGCCUCUUCGACCGCAAUGUGAAAUAGACAGGUGCCUUAAGAAAGUAACAGAGGGCGUCGACACGUUUGAGGAUAUCUGGCAAAAAGUUCACAAUGCCACUAACAGCAAUCAGAAGGAGAAAUACGAGGCAGAUCUCAAGAAGGAGAUCAAAAAGCUUCAGAGGUUACGCGAUCAAAUUAAAAGUUGGAUCGCUUCCGGUGAGAUCAAGGACAAAAGCACUCUGUUGGAUUAUCGAAAGUUAAUCGAGACUCAAAUGGAGAGGUUCAAGGUGGUGGAAAGGGAAACAAAAACAAAAGCUUACUCGAAGGAAGGUUUAGGUGCUGCGCAAAAGCUUGAUCCGGCGCAAAAAGAACGAGAAGAAGUCAGUAAUUGGCUAGCUAUAUCGAUUGACGCAUUGAAUCUGCAGCUCGACACUUUCGAGUCGGAAAUAGAAUCGUUGCUUGCGGGUAAAAAGAAGAGGCUGGACAAGGACAAGCAAGAUAGAAUGGACGAGUUAAAAGGAAAACUGGAAAAGCAUAGAUAUCAUAUCCGCAAACUUGAGACAUUGUUGCGCAUGUUGGACAACAUGUCAGUCGAAGUGGACACGAUAAAAAAAAUAAAAGAUGAUGUCGAGUAUUACAUCGAGUCCUCGCAAGAACCGGAUUUCGAGGAAAACGUAUACAUAUACGACGAUAUUAUUGGUUUGGACGAUGUUGAAUUGUCCGAAGUUGGUGUAUCAUCGUCAGCAACGACUGACAAUAACAAUAGCAACGAGAUCGGAGGUACGCCGACAUCGACGAAUUCCGGUACAUCGCCAAUACCCUCGCCGCCAUCGAGUUCCACAAUGCACAACCAUUCGAGCGAUAGUUCAACCGAUAUCGACAAAAAAACCAAGGUCUUAUAUUUGUUUGAGCAGCCUGUGAAGCCGGCCGCGGUGAGGCCGCUAUUGAAUUCGUCGCAAGGGAGCAUUCCAACAACGGGAAGCACUGCCACUAUAAAAACGAAUCUGUUAUCGAGCAGCACUCCAAGCAAGACCAUUCCCAUGACACCUAGCCAUAGCUCGCCUAGUUCUACUAGUAAUCACGUUGCCACGACAAACGCCGGUAAUUUUGCAACGGUAGCUGCCUCGCACAGCAAUUCUCAAGCCAUCCACUCUACCUCUAGUAAAACGUCGUCAGCUCACAGUAGCGAGAACGGUUUGUUGUCGUCCUCGUCAACGUCGAGCAUAACGUCGAGUGUCUCGCAAACAGCGACACCCCAACUACAGCAACAGCAGCAGCAGCCACAACAACAGCAGCAGCAGCAACAACAGCAACAACAACAACAACAACAACAACAACAACAAAUACUACAACAGCCACAGCAGCAAGCGCAACAGCCGCACAAUAAUCCAAUAGCCCUGGCGUUGCAAAGUACGGUUAGUCACGGUUUAUUGCACAACCAACCGAGCCAGAAUCAUAGCAUCGCGAAUAUCAGCAAUACGAGUAUUGGCAGCGGUACGAACAACCUUAAUACGAGUUUGACCGGUAACAAUACGAGCACCGGUAGCAGCGCCAACGCUAUCAAUACGAGCAACAGUAUAAGCGGAGUUACGAGUGGAAUCGGAGGCGUUGGUGGAAGUGGAGUCGCGGCGAGUGGAGCCGGCGGCGGUAGCAGCAGCGGCAGCAGCGUAACCGCGCGCGAAAACAACAAUCAGAACAGCAACAACAGCGAAGCCGAAAUGACGACGCCCGUCGCCAGCUCAACUUCGCCUCAAUCCUCCGUCAGUAGUCGAUCUUCACCGAUACCCGUUAACUCGUGUUCACCUGUUCCAUCCACUGCCAAUGGUCUCAUACCAAAGCUACCCGAUGGCAUGACCUCCUCGAAACCAAUAGCUCAACAGGUCAUCGUACGCACCGCUGGUCUCGAUAUACCCCAGUCCGAAACGAAUACGAGAAACAUUUUCGAGGGCACCAAGACAAACAGCGCGACCUCGGAAGCGCACAUUCCACCGCUUCUCGGUGUCGCACCGCUCGGACCUGUGCCACUCCAGAAAGAACAUCAAUUACAGUUUCAAAUGAUGGAAGCGGCCUACUAUCACAUGCCACAUCCUUCCGAUUCCGAGCGACUCAGAUCCUAUCUACCGAGAAAUUUGUGCCCCACACCAUCCUAUUAUCAACAGGUACAAUUACCUCACUCCGACACAGUCGAGUUCUUUCAACGUCUUUCUACCGAGACGCUCUUCUUCAUAUUUUAUUACAUGGAAGGCUCGAAAGGCCAGUACCUUGCUGCCAAAGCGUUAAAGAAGCAAAGCUGGAGGUUUCACACCAAGUAUAUGAUGUGGUUCCAAAGGCACGAAGAGCCCAAAGUCAUCAACGAAGAGUAUGAGCAGGGUACCUACAUCUAUUUCGAUUACGAAAAAUGGGGACAAAGGAAGAAGGAAGGCUUCACUUUUGAGUACAAGUACUUAGAGGACAGAGACCUUAACUAAUAGAAUUGAAACGAAAGAACAAAAACAAAGAUAAACCACCGAGAGAACGCUUAAGUCAGAGAUCUGUUGCUUGUGUGUCUGAAAGUCUCCGAAAUGCACUAUUUCUGUACCGGUAUUUGCGAAGCAAAAAAAAGAACAACAAAUUCUGAACGAUCAGAUAUUAUUUUUUACGAUUCUACAUAUAUUUUCACAGAAAUAUUAUUUUAUUUAUUCGUAAACGAUGGAAAAUAACGAGACGAAGAACGGUAUCUUGGAAAAAAAAAAGCGAGGAUCAUAAUGUAUUAUACUGAAAACGAAAAAGAAGAAAAGCAAACAACAACAACAACAGCAGCGAGAAGAGAGGAAGAGAGACAUACAUACAGACACAAACACCUACACAUAUACUCACAGUCGUUGGAGAAAUUGUGCGUGAAACGUAAGAGUCGGGCAGCGCUGUAAGGACGAAAAGACGAACGAGGAAUUAGAGUUACCUUGACGCGUGGACGAGUACGAAUUGAAGUUCAGAAAUUGAAAGAAGCAGACAGGAAAAGGCAGCGUCAAAGUCCCCCUUGCGAUCUCAAAUAAUUAAAUCUUUGAAGGGUCUCGUUCGUCUAUUGGUCAAUACGUGAAGAAACAAAAAAAAACUGACGAAAGAACGGCAAAAUGUGAAACAUUGACAGUGUGAUAGUGGAUGGAAAAUGGACAAUUGAUGGCUACUGGGAUGAUACUGAUGAGAGGAGGAGCGAAAGAUGAGUAUAAGAGUUGAAAAACAAAAAGGAUUAAGAUAAUUCGAUAAGAAGGAACAAGAAAACAAACGAAGGAGAAAUGAAAUAAAAAAAAGUCGAAAAUAAAGAGAAGACAGUAAACUGUAACUAUAAAAUAAUGAUACGAAAGGCACCAGAGACACACUUUGAGCAGUUUAGUGUGCGGUGUGUGAUAACAAGAGGAAGAAGUUAUACUCGCUGGCGACUGACUCUGUAAUACCAGUACAAACAUGUAGCGUUGACAAAUCAUCAUUUGCUGUUAGGCGGCAAUGAUGAUGAUGCGCUCAUGCUAUGGUAUGUCUUAAUGUUAGAUUAUAAGUAGCCUUUUUGUAUAAAGUAUAUUAAAGGUAUAAAACCCUUGAAUUGAAUUACUGUACAGAAUGUGUAGACAUAGUGAAUAAUAAUAUUAUGGAAUAUAUUUUAUUUCUCAUUCAAAUGGAAACCUAAGUUGUUUCAAUUUUUCAUCACACCGGGCACACUGCGGAUUAUUAAGAAAAAAAAAAAAAAAACAAAAAAAAACAAGGAGAAAAUACGUUCAGAGGGCUUUGGAUUAAGAGAAAAAAAAUACGACAGAGAAGGAGAAAAAUGUUUUAAAAACAAUAAACCAGAUCAUCCUCUUUAACAAACGAAAAUAGUCAUUCCAUCCAUUAGAUUCUGUCUCACUAACACCACAGACCCGAAUCAUAAUAUCUCGAUUGUAAGAAAAAAAAUUCGUACAACGCCGAGUGAUAUAUUUCGACAAGAUUAUUCGUUGACAGGGAGGAAAUAACAGCACAACUCUCUUCUUUUAUCUCCACAUCUCUCUCAAUCAAGAGUUUUUGGCUUUUAUGCUUUAUUUUUUUUCUUUUUUUUUCUCUGCUUUCGAAAAGUUAUCUAAUUCUGUAACGUAAAAAGAACUCGUUUGGCAAGCAAUGGCUUCAAAGCGGUUAAACUCUCAAGCCCGAAAUAUCUGUGCAAAAAUAGAACUACGUAGCGUGUUUUAUCGCGGUUUUCUUCGGCUCGUAUGUAUAGGGGUGAAUAGAAUAUGCCCCAAUAUAUAUAUAUUUAUAUAUAUAAUACGCAUCUUCCAGUUUUUACAUUGAACGCUGUCUGUGUGUGUGUUUGUGUGUGUGUGUGUGUGUGUGUACAUACGUUCUACUUUGGCAUAAAUAUUUUCGGCUAUUUAACAAAGUUUUAAAUGAGGAGAAUACAUAUAGAAAAAAGAAAAGGAAAAGCUUCGUCGAUUCUGUACACUUAGAGAUAGCUGAGACUAGGGUUAGUGCCGUGAAUGUUUUGAACUUUGAAAAUGCCUCGUUUGUUGAGGGUAAGCUUGCUUGGCGGGGGCGCUUCAAUGAUUUGCGCCAAAAUCAUAAUUUUCUUCUCUUAGCUAGUGAAAAAAAAAAAAGAAAAAAAAUGAAACGAACGAUCAAGAAAUAUCAAGAAUUUUUGAACAAAAUGUGAUGGCUUGAGCCCUAGAUGAUAUUGUGAAUUUUCGUACUGCGGUACAUACCGUUUAUUAAAUAAUACGUACUCUGUAGAUUCUCCCAAGUUUCGAGGAACGGGACAGGGAGUUAAGCAUGUACCAUCAUUGUACAUAAAUUGUCUUAAAGAAAAACAAAAAAUGAGGAGAGAUAAGAAAAGGUAGAAUUUUUUGAAAGGGUAUUUUGCGUUUUCGCAGCGACGUAUAACGUCAAUGAGAACAUCUUGUGUAUGCUUUCUCUCAUUUCCUUGCACCUACGCGAGAGAUAUGCACGAUAUGAGAAGCAAAUAACGAAGAAGGAAAAGGGGACAAACCGCUGACGUCGACGUUUCAUUCAAAUUACUUUCAAAUAAAUGUGUGUUUUAAAAGAAAGAAAAAAAAAAACAAACAAAAUAUUGUAAUUAUUCCGAAUUCUCGAACACAAACCAAGAUGAAGAAAAAUAAGCAGAAAGACAACAAUACUAAACAUGUAAUUAUCACUUUAUUAAGUAGAAUAGAAGUAACUAAUGCACGUAAUCAACAUUUUCAAUCGAGCAUUGCAUUUGUUUUUCGACUUUUUUUGGACCACGUAGUAGUUCAAGGCAACAAUAACAACGAGGACUGCGAUUACUAUACGCCAACGAGAAUAAAACAAAAACAAAAAGAAAUAUUUGAGAAUAAAAAAAACUGAUAUUUAUCAGCUGUCACAA